CUCUCAGUCUCACUAGCGCUGCUAGUGGACAAUCAAACCUACACACCCACCUCCAGACACACUCGCAUUUCUCAUUUCUUACUUCUACUCUAAAUUAGAUAGCAAGACGUAGUGUCGGAGCUCACAGAUCGCAUAGAAUUAGUUUUAAGUACUAGCCGUUGUUAAACAGCAAAUCUGAAAUUCAACAUGGAGUCCCCUCCAGAUCCAGCGAGCGACCCGGGCAACAGCGCCUCGGAGCCGGCUACCCCGGUCAGGGAAACCCCGGUAAACCUGGAGACGCUCCGGAAAGCGGACCAUCCAGCCCCGGUUCGAAGGCAGACCUGUUCAAGCACCAACAGAGGUAUCUCAGUAACAAAGAAGACACAUACCUCUCAAAUCGAAAUAAUUCCCUGCAAGAUCUGUGGAGACAAAUCAUCAGGCAUCCAUUACGGCGUGAUAACAUGUGAAGGCUGUAAGGGCUUCUUCAGGAGGAGUCAGCAGAGCAAUGCAGCCUACUCCUGCCCCCGUCAGAAGAACUGCCUGAUCGACCGCACCAGCCGCAACCGCUGCCAGCACUGCCGGCUGCAGAAGUGCCUGGCAGUGGGCAUGUCACGAGAUGCGGUGAAGUUUGGCCGCAUGUCGAAGAAGCAGCGAGACAGCCUGUACGCUGAGGUCCAGAAGCACCGGCUGCAGCAGCAGCAGCGUGACCACCAACAACAGCCCGGAGAGGCAGAGCCGCUCACACCUAGCUAUGGCCUCUCAGCCAACGGCCUCACAGAGCUCCAUGACGACCUCAGCGGCUACAUGGAUGGUCACACCCCUGAUGGCAGCAAACCAGACUCGGCGGUUAGCAGCUUCUACCUGGACAUCCAGCCAUCUCCUGACCAGUCAGGCCUGGACAUCAACGGCAUCAAGCCGGAGCCCAUCUGCGACUUUGCCCCCGGCUCUGGCUUCUUCCCUUACUGCUCCUUCACCAACGGAGAAACCUCCCCCACCGUGUCCAUGGCUGAACUAGAGCACCUGGCCCAGAACAUCUCCAAGUCACACAUGGAGACAUGUCAGUACCUGAGGGAGGAGCUGCAGCAGAUGACCUGGCAGGCCUUCCUGCAGGAGGAGGUCGAGAGCUACCAGAGCAAGCCCCGGGAAGUCAUGUGGCAGCUGUGUGCUAUCAAAAUAACAGAGGCCAUUCAGUAUGUGGUGGAGUUCGCCAAGCGCAUCGACGGCUUCAUGGAGCUGUGUCAGAACGAUCAGAUAGUGCUGCUGAAAGCAGGCUCUUUGGAAGUUGUGUUUGUCAGAAUGUGCCGUGCCUUUGACUCGCAAAACAACACUGUCUAUUUUGAUGGAAAGUAUGCCGGACCUGAUGUGUUCAAGUCAUUAGGCUGUGACGACUUGAUCAGCUCCGUCUUCGAGUUUGGGAAAAACUUGUGUUCUAUGCACCUGUCUGAGGAUGAGAUCGCCCUGUUCUCCGCCUUUGUGUUGAUGUCUGCUGACCGAUCUUGGCUCCAGGAGAAGGUGAAGGUUGAGAAACUCCAGCAGAAGAUCCAACUGGCUCUCCAGCACGUCCUGCAAAAGAACCACAGAGAGGAUGGGAUACUUACAAAGUUGAUAUGCAAAGUGUCGACACUGCGAGCGCUGUGCAGUAGGCAUACAGAGAAGCUUACAGCUUUCAAAGCAAUAUACCCAGACAUUGUGCGUGCCCACUUCCCCCCCUUAUACAAGGAGCUGUUCGGAUCAGACUUUGAGCAGUCCAUGCCCGUUGACGGGUAGCAGCCCUGCCAGGUGCCAGUGUGCCCACCGUAGGGGAAUGUGGAAGAGGAGGAAUCUGAGACACUUUAUUGGUGCCCUGCACAAACCAGAGCGGACAGAUGGCAGGCUGUUCAACUUCUUCUUUUACAUUAAAGGGGAGGGCUUAGGGAGUUGAUUCUCAAGGUUUACUUUAUCAAAUUUAGUUCUCUUUGGAAGACUUGUGGGACCCGACACCCCAUGGGACACGAAGAGGAGAUAGGGACAAAUAAUUUCUGUCUGGUUGAACUUGACCCUCUUUUGCGUAUUUCUAACAUGGAACUCAUGAUUCACUUAAUUUCACUCAUUCAUUCUCACCAGUAUUUAUUGAAUUGCCAUUAUUAUGAUUUACCUGUGCAUCUGACUUGUAAUUGUGUAAACAAUUACUGAGUUGAUUUUGGAAUUAAAAUAGCUGAAGACGUCUUCAAUUAAAAGAUAAAUCAGUAUUUAUCAGUAUUAUUUUUCAGAUUACAUUCCCAAAACAGUUUUGGUAUUAUCCCUAUCUCCCAAACUGAAAUAAAUAGCUGACAAAUGCGCACAUUUUGGUCAAGUUCAGCCCUUUUUCUCUUGUGUUCAGUCAUAUUUUUUGGACACGGUUCAUGGAUUGAAAACUCACAGCGACUUUGAGCGAGGGUCUGUCGGCAUGGUAAUGCAACCGGAACCUCUCUAUGGACAAUCGUUAAAAAAAAAGAAAAAAAAGAAACAGAAUUCUGGUAAUUCUAAUGAAAACGCAAUGAUUUUAGCUGUCAAAGACUCCAUCCACCAUUGUUGCAUAGUGAAAUCAUGUAAGGCCAUCUGCUAUUAAUCCUUCUCUGGACAGGUGCCCUGGGGAAGCACAGGGCACCAACACAAUGAAAAGGGUCCAUUCCACCUGUUUUAUAAUGUACUACAGGGUAUAUGGUCAUAAGUACUUACUAUACAGAAAAAAGUAAUGUUUAUAGAAUCUAUUUUAAAUAACAUGUAUGAUAUUAGUAGUUAGACCAUUCUUAAUUGUUGAAUUGAUAAGGCACUUUUAUUUACACCUUUCUUUAAUUUAAGACUUGUAUAUUUACCUAGUGAUGUGUUGCAUGUGCACAAGAAAUACAAGUUGAACCAUGGUCACAGAGGCUAGUCCUUGGAGCUGCAGAUGAUACUGGUCUGGAAGUGUAAGGGCUGUUUGUUAGGAUUGCUGGCGAGGCUGCUGGUUGGUGAACAAAGAGGCACGGAUGAGAAGGCAGGUUAGAGGAGCUCUAUCCCCUGUUACCUCAACAACCGCCUCCAUGACACCUGUCCAAAUGUAGCUCUGAUACUCCUUUUAGGGAGAAUGCACACGUACAAUAAGGGCCAACAAACCUUGAAGUGACGUUACAGUCUCUUGGCUUUCGCAUUCGAUUUCUACAUAUUUGGUACUAAUUUUACUUUGAAAAACCUCACAAAUUAUGUAAAGAAGGCCACAAGGAAACACAGAAAUGAAACAUCUUAGCCAGGUCUUACAAAUCAACAUUGAAUAGCUGUGGGUCGGACUGGGAAGAUCUACAUUCAACACACACACACACACACACACACACACACACACACACACACACACACACACACACACACACACACACACACACACACACACAGACUUUAGUCCAAUUGUUCCAUCUAGUGGAAUGUAAAGAUACAGCAAGCAAGUUGACAGCCUAAUGACAAAGAUACAGGGUCUAACUUAAAAGCACAUUCUGUCAAAAUGUUUUGAGUGUUUUGUUGUUGUUGUUGUUGUUGUUGUUGUUGUUGUUGUUGUUGUUUUAGUGACUUUAUCUGCCUUCUCACCACAGCCUCAGCCUCAGCAACGCCACAACAGGACACAGAAGGAACAGUAAAGGGAAAGUGAAUAUUCAAAGCCUUGUCUGGUAGUAAAGCUUCUAUUUUUGUAACAUGUUUUGGUUUAAUAAACUCAUGACAGAGAAUGAGGGAGAGAAAAAGAUGUCAGGUAGCACUUAACUAUAUCCCUGCAAUAAUUAGACUAGCUGUUGUUUGUAUGAUUAGGGAAGAAACAUAAAAAUGGUAGGACAAGUGCUAUUUUCAGAAUGCUUUGUUGUUGUGCUUCUGUUUUGUUGAGUGUGUCUUUCUUGUCAGUGUGGUAGUAAAGUGGUAGAAAAAACCCUGGAUGUGCCAAACAGUAGUCGUUGCUUCCGCUUCCCAGUCUACUCGUCUAUAAUGUGUAGAAUGGAUUCCUAAGACAUUCCAGCAAUCUCAGUAGCGGCUUUUAGAAAUAUCUUUAAAAAAAAGAGAAAAAAAGAAAGAAAAAAAAAUAUCCCUUUAGAAACCCAACAAAGCAUGUUGAUACAUCUGUCACCAACCGUAACAUAGAAUCCAGUUGUUUGUCUUUUGUUUUCUGUUUGCACACUUAUCAUUCCUCUGCCGUGCAAUCUGUACAAGGCGUUAAUGCCUUGUGCUGUCACCCCUCAGGGAAGAGUUUCUUUUGCGCUUUCUGUUUGAGAGGACGUUUGUUUGUACUCAUUAGGUUUAGUUUGUGUUUUUGUCAGGGAUGUUCCAUCAGAAGUGGUUGAGAUUUAACAGUUGAAUAUUCAUCAGAAUUUUACAUUAUGGAUGUCCUUAGGGGGCCUCCAGCCACUCAAAAACCACUGCGCCCCUGCGGUCAAGUUCAAGAAAAUCUCAUUUGUAAAAAAAAAGCAACAAACCCCAUCACUUUUACAAAUCGCAGUUUUAUUAGAACACAGCAUAUUCCUGUCACACAAAAAUCUGUUUAGGUUUCAAACGGUGUCAUCAGGGUCUUUAAAAAUGAUAACCCUCUUUGUUAGAUAAACCAAAUAUUCUUAUGCAAUACUAAAUCAGUUGUGUUUGGGUUGUAGUAGAUAUGCUGUACCUAAGUAAUAAUUUCUGUUAUGAUGAUCCAAUGCUAUUUGGAUAUGCACAAGCCCUCUACGACUAGUAAACCUCAGUCUCCCAGCAAAAGAAACCCAGUCUGGAACACUGCUAGACAAUCCAGGUUGAGAGGCCCAGUGGCCCGCCAAGAGCAGCGAAAGAGGAUGAGGUGUGAACGCUCAGGGAGGUAACAGGUAGACCGAAGAAGCAGCUCACUUUCCUCUGGACAGUUGCAGAGCAUUUGAUUAGCUCUUAUGUGAAUUUAUGAGGUCUUGUAAAAGCACUUGAUUGAUGAGAGGAUGAGGCCUAGCACACUGAACAUACAGUACAGCACUUACUGUUCAGAAAGCAAUUAAGAGAUGGAGGUUUGGCUGAUAGCCUGUUAUUUAUUUGCAAAAAAAAAAAAAAUUGGGAUGUUUUUUGAAAAUGAUUCCACUGUUGUAAUAUUGCUUGAUUGUCACAUAAAACAAUUCAGUAUUUUCUCAAACAUGAUCAGCUAAGGUCUACCACCAAAACAGUUCUUUUCUUAUAAAGUGAAAACUUGUUUUUCAUUCAAGUGGCAUGUAAUGUGUUCUACAAUAUAAAACAAGCAAUAUGCCUUGUGUUACAAUUACGGGUCUCUACAGUGCAGUCAUCAUCCUUUUUUGAUUUUAUUUAUUCAGCUGAUUCAAACUGAUGACGUUUACUCUCAGUCUAGAAAAAACUGCCCCAUUGCUCUGUUUUCAUAUUAUGUACUGGUAUUGAUAAUGGCAGGAUAGCAGAAAAUGGUCAUCAAACACACGGAUACUUGUGUCUAUAAACUGCACCUUCACACUGGCCUGUAGAGUGAUGUCCUUCUGUAUAUUCUCACUUGAGAUAUCCCGAUUUAAGUAAGGGAUUGAUACUAAGUGUGCUAUUCAAUCAGUGUAUAGUAUACAGUAAAAUGUGCUGGUCCUUC